GAGAGACAGCAAAGCAGUCCCAGGCUUCCUCCUCUCCUCCACGUCAGAGGCAGGAACCAACUGUGCUAAGGUUGUUGGCUCAACACGCAGAGAGGGGCAGAGAGAGUGAGAGAAGAGGGGGGUCCUCCGUGACCCGAGGAAUUACCACUAGUGGAGUAAAGCCACCUGACUUUUGGCUCUUAUUCUGGUUGCCUCCUCUGUCUCCUUCCACUCCUAGCCUUGCCAGCUUGGGUUUCAUUUCUUUGGUGGAGCCUCCCCUCGUCCUCCCAGAGGAGGAAGGGAAGACAAGGGAGAGAGGUGGGUUCUCUAGGUGAGCGCAUCAGCUGGCUCCAGCCUGAACAGACAAGAAUUCUCUUCGCAGGAAGCUUCUCUCACUCCCCUGUCGCCCACCCCCAGCCCGGGUUCUGAUAUUUCUGACCCUCCAGGGAGUCUAGCACUGCCAUUCAAAUAUGUGGCCGUGCCAUCUUAACUGCAUAGAGGGCAGGCAUCUUUCAGGGUUAGGAUUAAAGAACGUGCAGGAAGAGAGAAAACAGCGAGGACACCACCACUAAAGAUCUCCACAACUCAUGCCGCGUGCUGCAGGCUGGUCUUGAACCUGGGGCUUGGCGGAGAGGAUGGGGGCAGACGGGGAAACAGUCGUGCUGAAGAACAUGCUGAUCGGCGUCAACCUGAUCCUUCUGGGCUCCAUGCUCAAGCCCUCGGAGUGUCAGCUGGAGGUCACCACGGAAAGGGUGCGGGGACAGGCAGUGGAGAAGGAAGGCGGCGUUGCCAACCACACCACGUCUGGCAGAGAUCAGCCCGUGGUCUUCAACCACGUGUACAACAUUAACGUGCCCCUGGACAGCCUCUGCUCCUCAGGGCUGGAGGCCUCCGCCGAGCAGGAGGUGAGUGCCGAAGACGAGACUCUGGCAGAGUACACGGGCCAGACCUCAGACCACGAGAGCCAGGUCACCUUCACCCACAGGAUCAACCUCCCCAAAAAGGCCUGUCCGUGUGCGGGCUCGGCCCAGGUCCUGCAGGAGCUGCUGAGCCGGAUCGAGCUGCUGGAGAGGGAGGUGUCGAUGUUGCGGGACCAGUGCAACACCAACUGCUGUCAAGAAAGUGCUGCUACAGGACAACUGGAUUAUAUCCCUCACUGCAGUGGCCACGGCAACUUCAGCUUCGAGUCCUGUGGCUGCAUCUGCAACGAAGGCUGGUUUGGCAAGAACUGCUCUGAGCCCUACUGCCCCCUGGGCUGCUCCAGUCGGGGCGUGUGCGUGGAUGGCCAGUGCAUCUGUGACAGCGAAUACAGCGGGGACGAUUGCUCUGAACUCCGGUGUCCCACGGAUUGCAGCUCCCGGGGGCUCUGCGUAGACGGGGAGUGUGUCUGCGAAGAGCCCUACACGGGCGAAGACUGCAGCGAGCUGAGGUGCCCAGGGGACUGCUCGGGGAAGGGCAGAUGCACCAACGGCACCUGCUUAUGCCAGGAGGGCUACGUCGGCAAGGACUGCGGCCAGCAGCGGUGUCUGAACGCCUGCAGCGGGCAGGGACACUGCCAGGAGGGGGUCUGCUUCUGCGAAGAGGGCUACCAGGGCCCUGACUGCUCAGCAGUUGCCCCUCCAGAGGACUUGCGAGUGGCUGGUAUCAGCGACAGGUCCAUUGAGCUGGAAUGGGACGGGCCGAUGGCAGUGACGGAAUAUGUGAUCUCUUACCAGCCGAUGGCCCUGGAGGGCCUCCAGCUCCAGCAGCGGGUGCCUGGAGAUUGGAGUGGUGUCACCAUCACGGAGCUGGAGCCAGGUCUCACCUACAACAUCAGCGUCUACGCUGUCAUUAGCAACAUCCUCAGCCUUCCCAUCACUGCCAAGGUGGCCACUCAUCUCUCCACUCCUCAAGGGCUACAAUUCAAGACGAUCACAGAGACAACUGUGGAGGUUCAGUGGGAGCCCUUCUCAUUCCCCUUCGAUGGAUGGGAGAUCAGCUUCAUUCCAAAGAACAAUGAAGGAGGAGUGAUUGCUCAGCUCCCCAGUGAUGUUACUUCCUUUAACCAGACGGGACUGAAGCCUGGGGAAGAAUACAUUGUCAAUGUGGUGGCCCUGAAGGAGCAAGCCCGCAGCCCCCCUACCUCAGCCAGCGUCUCCACUGUCAUUGAUGGGCCCAUGCAAAUCCUGGUUCGAGAUGUCUCUGACACCGUGGCCUUUGUGGAAUGGACCCCUCCUCGAGCCAAAGUCGAUUUCAUUCUCUUGAAAUAUGGCUUGGUGGGUGGGGAAGGCGGGAAGACCACCUUCCGGCUACAGCCCCCCCUAAGUCAAUACUCGGUGCAGGCCCUGCGGCCCGGCUCCCACUACGAGGUAGCAGUCAGUGCCGUCCGCGGGACCAAUGAGAGUGAUUCCACGACCACCCAGUUUACAACAGAGAUUGAUGCCCCCAAGAACUUGCGGGUUGGUUCCCGCACAGCAACCAGCCUUGACCUUGAGUGGGACAACAGUGAGGCAGAGAUUCAGGAAUACAAGGUUGUGUACAGCACCCUGGCGGGUGAGCAAUACCAUGAGCUACUGGUUCCCAAGAGCAUUGGUCCAACCACCAGAGCCACCCUCACAGAUCUGGUGCCUGGCACUGAGUAUGGAGUUGGAAUAUCUGCCGUCAUGAACUCUCAGCAAAGUGUACCAGCCACCAUGAACGCCAGGACUGAACUGGACAGUCCCCGGGACCUCAUGGUAACAGCAUCCUCAGAGACUUCCAUCUCCCUCAUCUGGAGCAAGGCCAGCGGCCCCAUCGACCACUACCGAAUUAUCUUUACCCCCUCCUCUGGGAUUUCCUCAGAAGUCACUGUGCCCAAGGACAGGACCUCGUAUACCCUGACAGACCUAGAGCCUGGGGCAGAGUACAUCAUAUCCAUCACCGCUGAGAGGGGUCGGCAGCAGAGUUUGGAGUCCACUGUGGAUGCAUUCACAGGCUUCCGCCCCAUCUCCCAUCUGCACUUCUCUCACGUGACCUCCUCCAGCGUGAACAUCACCUGGAGUGACCCAUCCCCCCCGGCAGAUAGACUUAUUCUGAACUACAGCCCCCGGGAUGAAGAGGAAGAGACUCUGGAGAUGUCGCUAGACGCCACCAAGAGGCAUGCUGUCCUGAUGGGCCUGCAGCCGGCCACUGAGUACAUAGUGAACCUGGUGGCUGUCCAUGGCACGGUGACCUCUGAGCCCAUUGUGGGCUCCAUCACCACAGGAAUUGAUCCACCCAAGGACAUCACCAUUAGCAAUGUGACCAAGGAAUCAGUGGUGGUCUCUUGGAGCCCUCCUGUUGCAUCCUUUGAUUACUACCGAGUAUCAUAUCGGCCCACACAAGUGGGACGGCUGGACAGCUCCGUGGUACCCAACAGUGUGACCGAAUUCACCAUCACCAGGCUGUACCCAGCUACUGAAUACGAAAUCAGCCUCAACAGCGUGCGGGGCAGAGAGGAGAGUGAGCGCGUCUGCACGCUCGUGCACACAGCCAUGGACAACCCUGUGGACCUGAUGGCUACCAACAUCACUCCAACCGAAGCCCUGCUGCAGUGGAAGGCACCCGUGGGUGAAGUGGAGAACUAUGUCAUCGUUCUCACACACUUCGCAGUUGCUGGAGAGACCAUCCUAGUUGAUGGAGUCAAUGAGAAAUUCCAGCUUACGGACCUGCUUCCUAGUACCCACUAUACCGUCACCAUGUACGCCACCAGUGGGCCUCUCACCAGUGGCACCAUCAGCACCAACUUCUCUACCCUCCUGGACCCUCCUGCAAACCUGACAGCCAGUGAAGUCACCAGGCAGAGUGCCCUGAUCUCCUGGCAGCCUCCCAGAGCAGAAAUUGAGAAUUAUGUCUUGACCUACAAAUCCACUGAUGGAAGUCGGAAGGAGCUGAUUGUGGAUGCAGAGGACACCUGGAUCCGACUGGAGGGCCUGUCAGAGAACACAGGCUACACAGUGCUCCUGCAGGCUGCCCAGGAUGCCAAGCAAAGCGGCAUCACCUCCACCGCCUUCACCACAGGGGGGCGUGUGUUCUCUCAUCCUCAAGACUGUGCCCAGCACUUGAUGAAUGGAGACACUCUGAGUGGGGUUUAUACCAUCUUCCUCAGUGGGGAGCUGAGCCAGAAGCUACAGGUGUACUGCGACAUGACCACAGACGGGGGUGGCUGGAUUGUAUUCCAGAGGAGGCAGAAUGGCCAAACUGAUUUUUUCCGGAAAUGGGCUGAUUACCGGGUUGGCUUUGGGAAUCUGGAGGAUGAGUUUUGGUUGGGGCUGGACAACAUACACAGGAUCACGUCCCAAGGCCGCUACGAGCUGCGCGUGGACAUGCGGGACGGCCAGGAGGCCGCCUUCGCCCACUACAGCAAGUUCUCUGUUGAGGACAGCAGAAGCCUGUACAAACUGCGCAUAGGAGGCUACAACGGCACUGCGGGGGACUCCCUCAGCUAUCAUCAGGGACGCCCCUUCUCCACAGAGGACAGAGACAAUGAUGUUGCAGUUACCAACUGUGCCAUGUCCUACAAAGGGGCUUGGUGGUAUAAGAACUGCCACCGGACCAACCUCAACGGGAAAUAUGGGGAGUCCAGGCAUAGUCAGGGGAUCAACUGGUACCACUGGAAAGGUCACGAGUUCUCCAUCCCCUUUGUGGAAAUGAAGAUGCGCCCCUACAACCACCCUCUCAUGGCAGGGAGGAAACGGCGGUCCUUACGGUUCUGAGCAGAGGGUGGCUCGAGCCAACUGACCUUUUCUGUCAUUUGUUUGUAUUUUAUAAUAUGAAACAAGGGGGGGUAAUAUUAAUGUGCUUUGCAAAAUGUUAAGAGUGUUUGAAGGAAGCAGAGAUGUAGCAAAAAUAAGUGAAGUGCAGCUGCUCAUGGUUAUUGCUGCCCCAGGGCCUGACCCUCCAUCCCCAUUCUCCCUCUUACCCAGGCAUCCCAACCCACCCCUCCUUUCCCUCCAUGGGGGAAAAGUGGGAAGUUCUCUCAAAGACCUACUCGAAGAUGAGUCCUAAAAUAGGUGGUAAUGGUGACACCUUCUUUCCCUGCCUUCCUUCUGGGAUGCCCUUCACCUUCCAGGCCUUUCUGAGCUGGUCACUGCCUUUAAUGGACAGGUUCUCAGCAAGAGAAUGUUGCCAACAACUCCCCUUAACUCCCCUUAACUCCCCUUAAUGUCGCCAACAGCUCCCCUUAAUAAGUCAAAGAGUCUCAUCUUUUGGCACUCUUACUCUUACUACCCAAGUCGUCUUCUGCUGUCUUUCUAAGAGUAACAGCCUCUUUUCCAGCCCCAGUGGAUCCUUUGCCUACUCAUCAUCCUGCCCCUAAUCCAACCACCAUUUUGGAAUCUAGGUCCCAAGGCAUUGCCUCCUUCUUUCCCUGGAUGGCACAGUAGCCAUGUCCUGGUGGGUCAUAAGUCACUGCCCCUCGCUGAGGUCAGACAAACAAUAACUUUUAGGGGAAUGGAAAGAAGAGACUGUUGCUGUUUUCUAACACUUUGGGGUCAGGCACUGAGAGAAGGACAGAAGUAGAGGUCAGGACACCAGCCAUGACAAUUACAGGUCCCCAGGGGAACACAGGUCCUACCUGGCAACAUUUUCUGUAUUUCUGAUCCUAUUUGUUGUGGGUUUUGUUUUGUUUUUUGUUUUUUUGUUUUUUGUUUCUCUGAAUUCCAAACUGAAUGCCUCAUUUCUGUCUUUAGCCAAACCUUCUUUAGUGUGAGUUGCUUAAUUAGAGUCAGAAGAUGAAGUUGUAUGACCAGCCAGCUAUCCUCCCUGGGAAGAGGAGGACAUUUUUUCUUUUUUCUUUUUUUUUUUCAUUUUUCAGUCCCUAGGAAACAGGAAUGCCCCCUUAAUGAGGUAAGACCAUGAAAAGCCUUUCACCAUCUUCUUUUAUUAUUCCGCCUUCGGGAGGAAAAAUGAAAAGUGCCAGCAGAAAUUACAUCUAGAAAUCCAAAGGUGAAUAGGGGAGCGCUGUGGGCCUACCGCCCGUUUUAUGAGAUGUGCUGUCUUACUAGCAUGAUUUGAUUUUUAAGCCCAGGAGAAUUGGAGGCUCUAGAAAUCAUGACCUUUCAACUUCUCCUCUAAAUCAAAUGUCAGCUGUAACCAUCCCUGCCACAUCCGCUAAAAUCCAUGCCCCGUACCCCUGGCUGCCUCUCCCCUUCCUCUCCCAUUCCUCGUAUCACCAUUUCUGUUUUCUGCGAUCCCCAUCCCUAGGCAAACCGGGGCAUUUUGACUUUCCAGCCAGUUACUGGACGGGCUUGAGAGCUGGCGAUUUUUUAAUGGAAACAUCCACAAUUUAACAAAGUUUCAGUAACCAAGAAGAAACAGCCCCUUGGACAGAUGAUCACACUCUUGACCUUAUGAGGAUGAAGUCAGCCUGCCCUUUGCUGUGGGCACUCCCCACUUGAGCUGGCCUCCAAGGCCUUGUCCACUGCUGUGACUGGCACACCUGACACCAAACAAUGUAGGUGGCAUUGCCACCACAGUCUCCAAAAAAAAAUGAGCGGAGGAGGAAAAAACAGAAACAAUCCUUUCAAGAAAACUGUAAAUUAAAUAAGACUUAGCUAGAGAGUGAAACAGCAGUGAAUUGUCAAAACAGGCUGAAGUAAGACUUGGAGGCUAGGGUUUAGACCCACCUCUACCAUUUUGCUAGCUGUGUGACGUCCAGUGGGUCGUUUCACCUCUCUGGGCCUCAGUUUCCUCACUUGUUGAUAAGAAGCUAAAGUAGAAGGAUUUCCAAGAUCCUUUUCUGCCCUGAUAUUCAAUAUUACUAGUCUAUCUUCUGUAAUUCUGAGUAGAAAUUUGGUAUUGGUGAGACAGUACAAUUAAGAAAUGAAAAUUCACUAGGAUUCCUGCUUUAUAAGAAAGAGAGAGAGAGAGAAAGGGAGAGAAAGGGAGGGACAGAAG